AGUGAAAAGGAACAAGCAAUAUAUUGUAUACAAAAAGGAAUUAGUGAAUAUUUCCCUUCAGUUGAUAAGAACUAUAAUGGACAUUCAACUCUCACAAGUGAUGAACAGUUAAUGUGUGCUAAGGCCAAACUGAUUUUAGCUAUUUACAGUGAAGAAUCUUCAAUAGUAGAUAGCAACAGUUUAAUUGAUAUGUAUAAAGAAGUUAUAGUUUUACAACCCAACUGGGAAGCAAGUCAUUUUCAUUUAGCAAAAUAUUAUGAUAAAAUGCUGAACUCUACUGAAGAAUUAGCUAUGAAAUCAGAAAUUAUGGUUAAAGUAGUGAGGAAUUUUGGUAAUUCUCUAAAACAUGGUUGUAAAAAUGUGUAUCAUUCAUUGCCAAGACUUUUGGACAUUUGGUUUGAUUUAGGAACUAUACAUUCUCAUGAUACAACAAAAAAAUUCAGUAAUGUAUGGAAGUCAGUUUCAUCUAAUCUAGAGAAAAUCACUUGCAUGAUAGUUCAAGAUUUAUAUGAUAAUAUUCCUCUUUAUUUGUUCCUGACUGCUUUUCCUCAACUGAUUUCAAGAAUUUGCCAUUCACAUCCAAAUAUAUCAGUUUCCCUACAAAAAUUAAUUUCAAGACUUCUGGCAUCAUACUGUCAACAAUCAAUGUGGAUGAUGAUGGCUGUUUCAAAGUCAUCAUAUCCUACAAGGAGCAGGCGCUGUAAGCAAAUAUUCCAAGAAGCUGUCUUAUUGAAUCCUAGUCUUGGAAAAUUUAUAAGUGACACUACUCGAUUAGCAGACAAGUUUAUCGAACUGAGCAACAAAAAUGUUGGUGAUUCUAAUGUCUUAAGCAUUAGUGAUAAUUUCCCAAGUCUUCUGAAGUUGUUAGAUGAAAAGCAUUUUAGCAAGAUCAUGCUACCUUCACAAACACAAAUGAUUGUGACACUUCCUAAUGGAUAUUUAAGCAUACCAGAGCAUAAUCCAUUUCCAUUUACUCCUGUGUAUAUUCGUGGGUUUGCCGAUACAGUUGAAGUUUUCCCAUCUUUGCAAAAACCAAAAAAACUUAUUGUUCAAGGAAGUGAUGGGAAAUUAUAUCCCAUUAUGUGCAAACCUAAGGAUGAUUUGAGAAAAGACUGUCGGCUCAUGGAAUUCAAUAACUUAGUGAACAGAUAUUUAAAGAGUGAUCCUGAAGCUAGAAAACGUCAGCUGUAUAUAAGGACAUAUGCUGUAGUCCCUUUAAAUGAAGAAUGUGGUUUGAUUGAAUGGGUACCAAAUUUACAAGGCUUGAGGCUUAUUCUUUCAAAGUUGUAUAAAUUAAAAGGAAAGUUUGUUAGUGGACGAGAAAUCAGAGCAAUGAUGCCUCCUAAAACAGCUACAUUUGAGCAAAAACUCAAUAUAUUUACAACCAAGUUUCUUCCUCGUUUUCCUCCUGUUUUCCAUGAUUGGUUUCUUUUGACAUUUCCAGAUCCUACAGCUUGGUAUCUAGCUCAUCUGGCGUAUGCACGUACUACAGCAGUCAUGAGUAUGAUUGGUUAUAUUGUUGGACUUGGAGACAGACAUGGAGAAAAUGUUUUAUUUGAUGCAAGUUGUGGUGAUACAGUGCAUGUUGACCUUAACUGCCUAUUUAAUAAAGGUGAAACUAUGGAAUGUCCAGAAUGUGUGCCUUUUCGUCUAACUCAUAAUAUGGUUGAUGCAAUGGGACCAACAGGAUAUGAAGGUGUUUAUAGGAAAGCAUGCGAAGUAACUAUGCGAGUUAUGAGAAGCAGAACAGAUGCAUUUAUGAGUGUGUUGAGACCUUUCGUGCAUGAUCCUUUAGUGGAGUGGAGUAAACCUAAAAGCAGCAAAUCUCUACAACUUGAUUCUGGUGAAAUUAUGAAUGAACAGGGUUUAACUCAUGUUAAAGAUAUUGAACUGCGAUUGAAUGGAAUUGUGAAAUCUAAGAACAAACAACAGGGUUUGCCAUUAUCAAUUGAAGGUCAAGUAAAUCAUCUAAUACAGGUACAUUUUAUUCAGUCAUCAAAAUAUAAAAAUUCAUUACAAUAUAGAUUUCAAGGGAACAUUUCAUACAAUAAAUUCAGAAAAAAAUGUUAUUUUUGCAUGUUACAUGUUAUCUUUUUAAUGAAAAGAAUACUAUAAAUUUUACAAUGGAUU